AUGGACGCGAAAGAGGCGAAAGCAAGCAAUCGCGAUCAACCGACUGUCGACUACUCCGAAACGGAGCCAGAGACGGAGACAGACGGUGAGGAGCAUGAUGCAGAUUUGCAAAGCCAAGUCCGGCGGGUGCUGUCGUCACCCGUGGAUAGGCAGUAUGCGCCAACCCCGAAUAUACCCAAGAGGAUCCACAUUGUGGGCACGGGCAGUAUUGGGAAGCUUGUGGCGCAUUCGCUGAGAGGCAUACCGAAUGCGCCGCCAGUCACGUUGAUCUUCCACCGGUAUAAGCUGCUGGAGGCGUGGGAGCAGAGUGAAAAAGUAAUUACGGUGGAAGAUGGGGAAUAUACAGUGCCGAGAGGGGGCUUCGAUGUGGAGCUCAAGGGGGAUGCGAUCAGGCAGCAUAAAGUGCCAGUGCAGCGAGGAUCGCCGGAUGUCUACAGUCUGGCGGACGAGACGGGAGCGCAGCCGCAUGAAGUGGCGAAGAUCAUGGGCGAGCAGCAGAAAGAAGCGGAUGAGCAGCGGCGCAAAGAGCGGGACGUGGCAGAGUACACGCCGAUGGAGGCGACAGCCGCAACUGUCGAAGUCGAUUCUCCUCAACGACCAGGUAAAGGGUAUCACGCCAUGUCGGACGAACCCAUCCACAACCUGAUCGUCACCACCAAGACUAUCCGCACAAUUACCGCUCUGGCCAGCAUCAAACACCGCCUCAAUCGAGACUCGACCAUCUGUUUCCUCCAAAAUGGUAUGGGAGUAAUCGACGAUGUCAAUAAGGAGCUCUUUCCCGACGAAUCCACCCGCCCAACAUAUGUCCAGGGCAUAGUCACCCACGGCGCCAACGUGCCUCCCGAAAAGGCAGAACAAGACCCCUUCUUCGUCGUGCACGCAGGCCACGGCACCAUCUCCCUCGGCAUCCUCCCUCGCAAACCACUCUCUCGUCCGGCCACACCCACGGGUCCAGGUACCGACAAUAGCGGCGAGCUAUCCGUGAAAAAGACGGACGACUGGGCACCUUCCGCCCGCUACCUCCUCCGCACUUUGACGAGAACCCCAGUCCUCUGCGCAGUUGGCUUCACGCCUAUCGAACUACUGCAGCUCCAACUUGAGAAAGUCGCAAUGAACGCCGUCAUAAACCCCCUAACCUGCCUCCUCGACAACCGCAACGGCAACCUUCUCUACAACUUCCCCAUCUCCCGCACAAUGCGGCUCAUGCUCGCCGAAAUCUCCCUGAUCAUCCGCUCCCUCCCCGAACUUCGGGGUCUACCCAACGUCCCCCACCGCUUCUCCGCUGAACGACUCGAAGCUCUCGUGGUCGGGAUCUGCACGAAGACGAAAGACAAUGUAUCGUCAAUGCUUGCGGAUAUGAGAGCGGGCAGGGAGACGGAGAUUGAGUAUAUGAAUGGGUAUAUUGUGAAGAGGGGAGAGGAGAUGGGGGUGAAGGCGGUGGUGAAUUAUGCGAUUAUGCAGACGGUUAUGGGGAAGCAGAUGAUGGUUAGUAGGGAGGUGAAGGAUCAGAUUCCGAUGCAGAGGGUUUUGAAUGAGGAUGAGUGA